UGCCAGCUAACAAGUUUCUGAAAAAAAAAAUCCUCGGAUAGUUGUGAGUUGAUUAAAUACCUUCAGCAAACGUGGACUGUCCUGGAUGCCAGUGAUAUUAUAAUCCAUAAUACAAAUCAUAUUGUAUAAUAGCACUCCAGAGACACCGUUGUCAGUUUAGACAAAUAAAUAAAAGUUGUCUGAUCUGUUUAGAUUAGCUGUUUAGCGGAUUAGCUUCAGUCUUGGCUGUUUUACGCACAGCAGAUCCUGUUCAGAAACGCCAUGAAACUCUACAGUCUCAGCGUCUUGUAUAAAGGCUCAACGAAGGCCAACCUGCUGAAGGCGGCGUAUGAUCUGUCAUCAUUCAGUUUCUUCCAGAGAUCCAGUGUGCAGGAGUUUAUGACGUUCACCAGCGCGCUGAUUGUUGAGCGUUCAGCAUUAGGAAGCCGUGCGUCUAUCAAAGAGCAAGAGUACUUGUGUCACGUGUACGUGCGGAAUGACAAUCUCGGUGGUGUUGUGAUCGCGGACAGUGAAUAUCCCUCCAGAGUCUGCUUCACUUUACUUGAUAAGGUGCUGGAUGAGUUCUCCAGACAGGUCAACAGUAUAGACUGGCCUUCUGGUUCUCCAGCGACCAUUCAGUACACAGCACUGGACAGCCAUCUGGCCAGAUACCAGAAUCCACGGGAGGCUGACGCUAUGACCAAAGUGCAAGCAGAACUGGACGAAACCAAAAUUAUUUUGCACAACACAAUGGAGUCGCUGCUGGAGAGAGGAGAGAAGCUGGAUGAUUUAGUUCAGAAAUCUGAGCAUCUGGGAAACCAAUCAAAAGCCUUUUAUAAAACGGCACGCAAGCAGAACUCGUGCUGCGAGAUCAUGUGAUCGCGAGGAAGUCUCUGAUUGGACUGGACUCUUCGGCCACCUCUCCUCUGGUUUUCUAUUUUUCCCCUCUCUUUCUCUCUGUCCUGGUGUGGGCUGGUGCUUUUAUCAAGCAGCAGUCAUAGCGAAUGCACGAGAGGGCCGAUCCGACGGUAUACAAUAACGGGCUCAGAGGGGGCUGAUUUCCCAUGAUGCACCACACUUACUCUGCCAUCGGUUUUCAUGUUGUGUGAGAACUUUGUUUUCUUCUUGACGGUUCCUCAGGGUCUGGCACAAGCUCAAAACGGAUCCGGAUAAAAGCAUGGAGGGGCUCGAGUCAAACGUCCCCGCUGUGCCUUACUGUAGACGCAGGAGUGUUGUUAUCAAACUGUUGAAUUAGCCUUAUCAACGGAGGACGUGCGAGUGAAAAUGCUGCAAUCUCUGUAUUUAGACUCAAUAUUCGGCUUUGGCAGUUUUGAAGCGCCUUGUAAAGUGAACAUGUAGCGUGAAUUUUUUUUAAAUGUGAAAACAGUAAAUAAUGUGUUAGUUAUUGAUGUUCAUAACGUUCAGAUCCUCAAUAUUGUGUGUAAGUGACUGACCAAAUUAAAUGUUUGUGUACAAUUCUAAUGCUUUUUUCUCUUGAAAAUGUAAAUAAAUUACUGAAUGGUAUUGGCAUUGGUUCCCUGCAUCAUGAGUUAUUGCAAUUUGGUUUUUAAUACUUAAGAAACAUGCCUACAAUAUGUUCAGUUGGUGGUUGAUAACGAACAUGUGUUGUGAUGUUAGAGAGUAAUAAUAAAGCCUUAAAGUGUGGUUUAGUGUGAAAUCAGCCCCCUUAAUCCUCGUGCGAUGGUUGUGAGUGUAAAUCACGUGUUAGUGAUUGUGUUUGGUCACAUGACUCUCGCUGGACCUCUCAAAUGCUGUAUCCGAUCUAAUGACGCUUUGCUGCUAACAGCCUGAAGGCUUGACUCGUGAGUCCUGGUUUCAAGUUCAUGUGCUUUUUCUCUUUCUGUAAAGCUUAAAUCUACAUGCACAAAAGGUUGGGUAAAGCCAGCAGUAUCUGGGUGAACCAGUCAA